AAAUAGAAUAUUCUCCCGCGAGUAUUCACGCGAAGUCCUUGUCAGUUUAAAAGCCAUCAUUCCUUUAGUUGACAUUCGGUUUUUCAUUCGCAAAGAGUAACUUUAAAAAAAAAUUAUUACGGACAUUCCCUUUUUUUUCAAUAUAGUUGUGACUGUCGAUAUAUAAUGUAUAUUUUGUUUUAAGUUAAUUAUAAAAGCUAGACACAUACACAUAUUAUUACAAAUACAUAGCAAAGACUUUAGAGGGAUAUCUUUUUAAAAAUAAUUAUUUGAUUUACUAAACGAGUUUUCGAUAUAGGUAACGAAAAAAAUAAAGACAUAAAAUUAAAAAAAAUUAUUGUGCCGGUGGUUGAUGAUUCUCAUUUUCAAUAUUUAAAAGGACAUUUUGUAUAAUAAAUUACUAUUGCAAAAAUUAUUGUCACAUAUUUUAGGACAUUUUCCAUACGCCCCUUAAAAAAUAAGAAGAAAAAAAAAAAAAACACACACCCGUAGCGUGUGUGCAUAAAUUACGACACACCAAUAUACAAGGUCCUUUAUUUUGUGUUAUUGUUGUUGUGUCUCAGCCAUGUCAAAUUGUGAACUCUGGAGUGCUUUCAUACAUUAGUGAUUUUAAUCUGUGAAUAUUUUUUUUUUCGUAUAAGACAAACAGAAAAAACAUAAAAAUAAAUUAAAGAAAAAAAAAAAAUUAAUAGGCACAUUUAUAAAGGAUAUAAAAAAAAGAAACGAUUAAAAGAAGAAUAAAAUAUUAAAAAUAUAAAAAAUAAAGAGUGGGUCGAAGGUUAAAUUGCUGCCGCAGGAAACAAUUUAAGUUCAAAGGAAAUUGUGCCUAUGCCAAUUGAGUGCCUUAUCUCUUUCGACCAUAAUCCCCAAGGUGUAUACUAUUCUGGACAGGAGCUAUCUGGUGUUGUCGAACUCAAUGUCGAAACAACAAAAAGGAUCAAAGCAAUUCAUAUUACUGUUAGUGGAUAUGCCAAAGUUCGUUGGAUAAAAAAGGGUUAUCCGCGCGACAGCGAACGAGCUGCAUGUCGUGCGUAUAAAUCAUAUCUUUCAUCGAGAUCUUAUGUCCUGGGUAGCUGUUCGAAUAGUUCAAUUAUUGAUUGGCUACCCGGCGAAUAUACAUAUGCGUUUCAUGUCAUACUGCCAAAUAAUUUGCCAACCUCAUUCGAUGGGAAAUAUGGGCAAAUACACUAUGAAAUUGUUACUACAAUUGAUCGGCCAGGACGGUAUCCGAAAGUUUACAAAUUGCCGUUCACCGUUAUACAUCCAAUAGAUUUAAAUUCGGAUCCAAUUUAUAGAGUACCCCUUGAAAUUCUUGAUCGUAAACGAUUUUGGAGUUUUUGCUGUCCCACAGGACCGUUAACUGUGAAAUUUUCAACACCUUACUGUGGCUAUGCACCAGGUCAAAAAAUAAAUUUCGUCCUCUAUAUAAAUAAUGAAUCGUCAAUUGAUAUAACCGAAUGCGAUGUCAAAUUGAAACAAGAAGUACGCUACGAAAGUCACAAUCCUCAACAUGAAUAUCGUCUAGAUAAAAAUCUGAUAGCUCGCAAAAAAUUCGGAAAUGUCCUCCGAUGGAGCCGCAAAGUGUAUCGUGGUAGUUUGGAAAUACUCUCGAUACCGCCAUCUUCAUCGAAAUUUCCUUGUCCUAUCGUUGUUUCGUAUUUUAUAAAAAUUAUAAUUAAGCCAACGGAUUUUCAUUGGAAAGUCAAGCUGAAAAUUCCAUUAACAAUUGGUAGUAUGCCGAUAAUGGAUCAGACAUUGAGUCGUCACCAGACGAAUGAGGAAAUAAUUCAGCAACAACAACAGACUCCGGCAUUGAUUGUAACGGAUAGUGAUAAUCCACCAGAGUAUGUUCCAAUGGUGCCUCCUUCUUAUGAAGAUGCCAUGGCACUCAGUGAACGCUUCUUUGAUGAUACUGAAUACUUGCAUAAUGUCAGCAUGACUAACAUAACAACUGACAAUGGGGAAUCAUUCAAACCACGUUAUCCGGUCUACUAUGAUUUUAUGACGCCAUUCAUUCCGCCCGAAAACGUUAUUGAGGGAUCACCUUCGCAGCUGCGAUUAGCGCUCCAGGAUUCAUCUCCUACCAGUAGCAAUAUUAAAAAAGAUGUAAAUUAAAAAAAUAAAAUAAAAUAAAAUAAAAACGCUUAUAAGCUAAGAAACAUUCGUAAAAUCGAAAUAAAAAAAUAAAAAUAUUUUACAAGUACAAAGUGCCACUUACCUUUUCAAUCAACAAUUAUCUACUAGAUUUAUUGUAUAAUGUACAACAUUUAUAAACAAAAGAAAACAAAAAAAAAAAUGUCCUUCCUCUUCUUGUCCAUUUCAAUGCACAAUUUAUAUUUAUUAAAAAAUUAAUUUGUAUGUAACUCUAGUUAAAUAAAAUUU